AUGUGUAUUGAUUACCGGCAAUUGAAUAAGGUAACGAUCAAGAAUAAGUAUCCACUACCGAGGAUUGAUGAUUUGUUCGACCAGCUUCAGGGUGCCAGGGUAUUUUCCAAGAUUGACUUGCGAUCCGGCUACCAUCAGUUGAGGAUUAGGGCAUCUGAUGUCCCUAAGACAGCCUUCCGCACUCGGUACGGGUAUUAUGAGUUCUUGGUUAUGUCAUUCGGGUUGACAAAUGCCCCAGCAGCUUUCAUGGGCUUGAUGAACCGAGUGUUCAGGCCUUAUUUGGAUUCUUUCGUGAUAGUCUUCAUUGAUGAUAUAUUGAUAUACUCCCGCAGCCAGGAGGAGCACGAGCAGCACCUUAGAGUGGUUCUUCAGACUCUGAGGGAUAGUCGGUUAUAUGCUAAGUUCUCGAAGUGUGAAUUCUGGUUGGCUUCAGUCGCAUUUCUGGAUCCUACCACCGGUACUGGCACUCCUAGUGGAUCUGGUGGAGGUUCUAAUUUUGUACAACAACAGCUUGAUCCUACUUCCGGUACUGUUUUACGGCCUUAUAACAAAGAUAGAGAUCGUGAGAACUUAGCAAAAAUUGUGGUUACGCUGCUCUCAACCAGAUAG